UGAGCAAGAUGUCCACUGGCAGGGAAAAAAAGGAAAUGGAGAGACCUACUUAGAAAAUGUUUUCUGUACCUUGGCUGCAUCUCUACGGAAGCUGUAUGAGACGUUGAUGGAGAGGCAUGGCCCGCAUAUCUCUACCCUCUUUGGACUCCUCCCUUCCAGGGAUACCCCAGAGUGUGCUGGCUGUUUCCAUGGAAGCUAAGUACCAAUGCCAGCAGUGUCACCAGGUCCUGAGGAAGCCAGUCCAGGCUCAGUGUGGACAUCGUUUCUGUGUCCAUUGUUUCAAACUGCUCACCAGCUCCGGCCCAAAGCCCUGUGAAGCCUGUCGACAGGAGGAGAUAUAUGAGGAGCCACAGUCCAUUCUCAAUAGUAAUGAGGCUUUUCCAGACAAUGCAGCUGGUAGAGAAAUUGCCAGCCUACCUGCCAAAUGUAUCAGUGAGGGAUGCUCUUGGACUGGUUGCAUAAAAGAAUAUGAGGCACAACACGAGGGCAAGUGUGAGUAUGAACGAGUACCAUGUGAAACCUGCCAGGUCCUUAUCCUGCGCAGUGAAAAAGAGAGGCAUAAUGAGAGAGAAUGUGAAGCAAGGACAUUGAACUGCAAGUACUGCAAAGUCUCCUUCAACUUCAAGGAAAUCAAGGCUCAUGAUGAAAUCUGCCAGAAGUUUCCCAUGCAGUGCAAGGACUGUGGAAAGAAAAAGAUCCCACGGGAAAAGUUUCUAGAUCACAGCAGAUCCUGUGCCAAGUCUAAGACUGCAUGUCCGUUCAGUGAGGUCGGCUGCAAGGUUGUGAUUGAUAAUGGGAAGCACAGUGACCACGAGCAGACUAGUGUCAUGGAGCACAUGCGUCUGAUCCUGGCGACGAUGCCUCUGGUGAGGCUACAGCGUCCAGAGGCCCCAGGGCUGGGGGAGUGGCAGGAGGACUCUGGGCUGGGCCUGUACCGCGCUCCCGAGGAUGGAGCCACAGCUAAUGCAGCCACAGAUGGGGGAGGAGCCGCUGCCGCCGGACAGACCUUUGGUCUUGACCACAAGGUGAGAGCACUGGAGAAUAUAGUGUGUGUACUGAACAGGGAAGUGGAGAGGAGUUCUCUCACUUUAGAGGCCUUCUCACGACAACAUCGACUAGAUCAGGACAAGAUUGAGAACCUUGGCAACAAGGUGCGUCAACUAGAGCGUACUCUCACCAUGCGGGACCUACAACUGGCUGAGACAGACCAGACUCUGAGAGAACUCCAGUUUUGCACCUUUGAUGGUGUCUUUGUCUGGAAGAUCGCCGACUUCUCACGCCGCCGCCAGGACGCUGUGGCCGGGCGAACACCCGCUAUGUUCUCACCAGCAUUCUACUCAAGUAAAUAUGGCUAUAAGAUGUGUCUGAGACUGUAUCUGAAUGGGGACGGAACGGGUCGAGGGACUCACCUUUCUCUUUUCUUCGUGGUGAUGAGGGGCAAGUGUGACGCUCUUCUCAAAUGGCCCUUCAGUCAGAAGGUGACACUGAUGCUGCUGGAUCAGAAUAACAGGGAGCAUAUCAUUGAUGCCUUCCGGCCUGAUGUAAGCUCCACCUCUUUCCAGCGACCAAUCAGCGAGAUGAACAUUGCCAGUGGCUGCCCACUCUUCUGCCCAUUGGCUAAACUGGCAGGCAAGAGCUCCUAUCUUAGGGAUGACACCAUUUUCAUCAAGGCCAUUGUAGACCUCACAGGCCUGUAGUGACUGUGGAAGUCAAAGGCCUGUAGAAACUAGAAAUGGUAGUCAAAGAUCUGAAGAAACUGGAAGUGGUAGUUAAAGGCCCAAAAAUGCACAGCAGAAGAACACACAAAAUUAUGACUUAUGACCAUAAAAUACAUUAAAUUAUAUAAUACUAUUAAAUAAUAUAAUAUAAUUAUAAGCAUAAUCUAGGCAGUGUCUAUUUAGCCAGCUAACAGCAUUUGAAUGAAAACUUGCAUUCUCUCAGGUGGGUCAAAAAUUCUCUCAGGGAGAGCGCUAUCUCAAGCGUUCGUCAGGUCUGCAGGAUUAUAUAGAUAUUGUAAAUUGUGGAACCAUCAAGUGUGCAGGAGGCACCACCAGUUGCAUGAUAAGGCAUUUACAGGUGAUUUCCAACAUAUUGGUAAUCAGAUUGCAAUGGAGGGUCUAGCCCCCCCAUAUGGGCCAUCUACGAGUGACGUAUUGUUCACCAUAGUUCACACUGUAAUGUUUAAAGUAAUAGUUACAGAGACUUAUAGUGGAUGUCAGAAAUAGAUCUCGCAUAUGGGACAAUGGAGCGCCCUUCACUGGUAACGAAAAGAGAGAUCAGUAGAUUGGACACCAUUGCCUUGAAUUAAUAAGUCUCAAAAUCCUUUACAUAAACAUGCAAAUUGUGGUGGACUGAACCAAUGCUUGAAUAUAGGACCACAGUAUGAGUCAUAAUACCCAUAAAACCUAGCAGUCAAACAGGGAAAUGGUUCCAAUCGUUUUUUCACCAUUAAUUUUUCCCAUGGGAGAUUUUAGAAACACUUAAAAUAAGGGGUUUGUUUCAUGUAGGCUUACACUGGCGUGGCGUUUUGAUAACUGUGUAAAUCUCUCUAUGACAAGGUGACUUUUAUAAAUAUACUCACCUGUAUUUACCCCCCCCCCCCAAAUUCAAUGCUAAUUAGCUGCUAAUGUGGCUAUCAUAAAGGACUACAAAUGCCACGAUUAUCUAGACGAGACUGCCGAAUCGAGGCAAAGGUAAUAAUGUCUGGAUUAACUAAUGUUAGCGGAAUGUAGUAAUGAAUAAAUUGGCUACAUUUCUUUAAAUGGACAAUUCUGUGAACUGUCUAGUGCAAGUUUUAAAUUGACACAAUACCUGUUAGCAAAGGUGUCACCUAGAGAUGACGUGCAGGAGCUUGCAGGGAUUUGUAGUUUUGCAUUAUGUCUAUGUUGAUGCCAAUUAGUAAUUUAUUUUCUGUAAGUAAAUAAAGCAGAAUAUAUUGAUAAGUCACCUUGUCCAACAGAGAUUUAUGUGGCUGUCAAAAUGUCCCGCCAGGGUAAGCCUACACGAAACAUCCCUGAAUUUAAGUGUGUCUAAAAUCCCCUAUGGGAAAAAAGAAUAGUGUGAAAAUGAUUGGAACCAUUUCCCUAUUUGACCGCUAUGUUUUAUGGGUAUUAUGACACCUUCACUGUGGGGUUCUAUUGGCCCUCUCGCUCAGCCUAUUUCUCACUGAUUUUAAAAGAUCAGUAGUGUUAUUUGCUAAUGUUUUAUAAAAAUGUUUGCGAAAGUAUUUUUCACUAGAAAAUGAGUAACCUUACCGGCAAAAUAUACUUUUAACAUCUAAUGCUGUUAGCCGGCUAGAUAACCACUGCCUCUAAAUAAUAUAUACAUACAUAUCUCACACGCAGUGCAUUCGUAAAGUAUUCAGACCCCUUGUCUUUUUCCACAUUUUGUUACUUUACAGCCUUAUUCUAAAACUGUUUAAAUAGUUUUUUUUCUUCAUCAAUCUACACACAAUAACCCAUAAUGACAAAGCAAAAACUGGUUUUUAGAAAUGUUUGCAAAUGUAUUAAAAAUAAAACUUAAAUAUUAUAUUUACAUUAGUAUUCAGACCCUUUACUCAGUACUUAGUUGAAGCACCUUUUGGCAGCGAUUACAGUCUUGAGUCUUCUUGGUUAUGACGCUACAAGCUUGGCACACCUGUAUUUGGUGAGUUUCUCCUAUUAUUCUGUGCAGAUCCUCCCAAGCUCUAUCAGGUUGGAUGGGGAGUGUUGCUGAACAACUAAUUUCAGGUUUCUCCAAAGAUGUUCAAGUCCAGGCUCUGGCUGGGCCACUCAAGGACAUUCAGAGACUUGUCCCGAAGCCACUCCUGUGUUGUCUUGGCUGUGUGCUUAAGGUCGUUGUCCUGUUGGAAGAUGAACCUUUGCCCCAGUCUGAGGUCCUGAACACUCUGGAGCAGGUUUUUAUCAAGGAUCUCUCUGUACUUUGCUCCGUUCAUCUUUUCCUCGAUCCUGACUAGUCUCCCAGUCCUUGCCACUGAAAGAGCAGAUGCAGCAUGAUGCUGUAGUGCCAGGUUUCCUCCAGACGUGACGCUUGGCAUUCAGGCCAAAGAGUUCAAUGUUGGUUUCAUCAGACCAGAGUAUCUUGGUCAGAGUCCUUUAGGUACAUGUUAGCUAACUCCAAGCAUGCAGUGGGACCUUACCAAAUCAUGUCCAAUCAAGUUGUAGAAACAUCUCAAGGAUGAUCAAUGGAAGGAAGAUGCAGCUGAGCUCAAUUUCAAAUCUCAUAGCAAAGGGACUGAAUAUUUAUGUAAAUCAGUUAUUUCUGUUUUUCAUUUUUUAUAACUUUGUAAACAAGUCAUUAUGGGGUAUUGUGUGUAGAUUAAUGAGGAUUUAAUCAAUUUUAGAAUAAGGCUGUAACGAAACAAAAUGUGGAAAAAGGGAAGGGGUCUGAAUACUUUCCGAAUGCACUGUAUAUACACUACUGUAUGGUGUGCAUAAGUACACCACAGCAUUGGCAUAUAAAGUAAAGAUAUGGUUCAAUACAUUAUUAUAUAUAUAUAUAUAUAUAUACAUUAUCAUAUGAUAAAUGAAUUAUAUAAGAUAACUAUGUUAUAAAGUGAUAAGCUGAGGAAGCUCCUUCUCUUUUCAAAUACUAAAUGCAUCUUUACUCUCAAAUAACAAGCUUAUUUCUAGAUAGUGAGCUCACUCAUAAAUACCCUUUAGCAAGCUAUUAUAUAUGCCAGGGAUGGGAAACUGGUGUCCCGCGGUCCCCUUUUGUAGGCCUGUGGACCAAUAAAGAAAAUAAUUGGUUCGUGUGGGGGGUGGGGGUGUAUGGAUGUGGGUAUGCAGAGCCACAAGGAAACUGUGGACCCUCAUUAGUUCUGUUUUUUUGUUGGCCCCACCCUCAUCAAAGUUGCCAAUCCCUGAUAGAAGCAAUUGUAUUCUAUAUAACAAUGGAGUGUUUCUGAAUGUUAUUUACUUGUGACAGGCUCUCUUUCUUGUGUAAAGUGAAGAAAGACAAUAUAGAUCUAAACAUUAACACAUGCUACAAGUAGAUCGCCUUCACUUAACAUUAUUCUGGGUCAUUCGUUAUCUAUGUGUGAUUUACUGAAGCACUUAUGGUUAAGCAUUUAUGAUUACGUUUCUGCAUGUGUUCAUGUAGAUCUAGUAUGAAUCUUUAAUUAUCACAUCCAUUAAAUUGACAGACUAAGAUUUUGUGUGUGUGCCUGCGUGCGUGUGUGUGUGUGUGUGUGUGUGUGUGUGUGUGUGUGUGUGUGUGUGUGUGAGAAAUAUGUUCCAAAAAAAUGAAUGACUGUUGUACCUGAUUAGGGCUGUUGCAGUGACCUUAUUACUGCCACACCAGCAGUAAAAUUCCACUUGACCAUUGAAUCACCUCAAGAUGUUUUCACACUUGGUCCCUUUCAGACAAUUUUUGUGAACUAAGUGCAGUUUGCUUAAUCAUUUUUUCAGUGUGCACACUCCAAAGAAACUAAUACCCCUCUAAAGAGCCCCAGAAGCGAACCGAACUGAGACCAUCUCGUGAUGUGGUCUGAGUUCUGUGCACUUGAACUUCUCGGUCCGGUUCCCUUUUUUAGGGCAAUAUGAACACAAAGCCACUCAGGUUCGCUUGUCAUUGUUCUCGCACCUGAUACUAGAAUACUGCAACACCGUUUCCUCUGCCAUAACCCAAGGAAUUAAAUCAUCAACAUGUAUUGAUCACAUCUUUACUAAUGCUGCAGAUAUUUGCUUUAAAGCACUAUCCAAAUCAUUAGGAUGUAGUGAUCACAAUAUAGUAGCCAUAUCUAGGAAAACCAAAGUUCCAAAGGCUGGGCGUAAGAUAGUGUAUAAGAGGUCAUACAAUAAGUUUUGUGGUGAUUCAUAUGCUGAUGAUAAAUAAUAUUUGCUGUGGUGUGUAAUGAGGAGCAACCAGACGCUGCACUUGACGCAUUUAUGAAACUACUUAUUCCAGUUACUAAUAAGCAUGCACCCAUUGAGCAAAUGACUGUUAAAAACUGUUAAAUCCCCUUGGAUUGAUGAGGAAUUGAAAAAUUGUAUGGUUGAGAGGGAUGAGGCAAAAGGUAUGGCAAUUAAGUCUGGCAGCCCAACUGAUUGGCAAACGUACUGCAAAUUAAGAAAUCAUGUGACGAAACUAAAUAAAAAUAAACUACACUAUGAAACAAAGAUAAUUUAUAUAAAGAAUGAUAGUAAAAAGCGUUGGGGCACCUUAAGUGACAUUUUGGGAAGAAAAGCAUUUUGGGAAGCUCCUUCAUUCAUUGAAUCAGAUGGCUCAUUCAUCACAAAGCCCACUGAUAUUGCCAACUACUUUAAUGACUUUUUCAUUGGCAAGAUAAGCAAACUUAGGGAUGACAUGCCAGCAACAAACGCUGACACUACACAUCCAAGUAUAUCUGACCAAAUUAUGAAAGAAAAUAAUUGUACUUCUGAAUUCCGUAAAGUUAGUGUGGAAGAGGUCAAGAAAUGAUUGUUGUCUAUCAACAAUAACAAGCCACCGGGGUCUGGUUGGGAAACCAAAGUCAUUCCGCUACCCAAGAAUAGUAAAUCCAAUCAAAGUUUAUUUGUCACAUGCGCCAAAUACAACAUGUGUAGACCUUACAGUGAAAUGCUUACUUACAGGUCCUAACCAACAGUACAAUUUGUAAGUAAAAAAUAGGUAUUAGGUGAACAAUAGAUAAGUAAAGAAAUAAAAAACAACAGUAAAAAAACAGUGAAAAAUAACAGUAGCGAGGCUAUAUACAGGCACCGGUUAGUUGGGCUAACUGAGGUAGUAAGUACAUGUAGGUAUGGUUAAAGUGGCUAUGCAUAUAUGAUAAACAGAGAGUAGCAGUUGCGUAAAAGAGGGGUUGGCGGGUGGUGGGGGGGGACGACGACGACAAUGCAAAUAGUCUGGGUAGCCAUUUGAUUACCUGUUCAGGAGUCUUAUGGCUUGGGGUAAAAACUGUUGAGAAGCCUUUUGGUCCUAGACUUGGCACUCCGGUACCGCUUGCCAUGCGGUAGUAGAGAGAGCAGUCUAUGACUGGGGUGGCUGGGGUCUUUGGCAAUUUUUAGAGCCUUCCUCUGACACCGCCUGGUGUAGAGGUCCUGGAUGGCAGGCAGCUUAGCCCCAGUGAUGUACUGGGCCGUACGCACUGCCCUCUGUAGUGCCUUGCGGUUGGAGGCCGAGCAGUUGCCGUACCAGGCAGUGAUGCAACCAGUCAGGAUGCUCUCGAUGUUGCAGCUGUAGAACCUUUUGAAGAUCUGAGGACCCAUGCCAAAUCUUUUCAGUCUGCUGAGGGGGAACAGGCUUUGUCGUGCCCUCUUCACGAAAGCCCCCUUUACUGGCUCAAAUAGCAGACCAAUCAGCCUGUUACCAACCCUUAGUAAACUUCUGGAAAGAAUUCUGUUUGACAGGCCUGAAGGCACACAGUGUGUUGUGAAAUCUGUGGAUGUAUUGUAAUGUUUUUAAUAUUGUAUAAACUGCCUUAAUUUUGCUGGACCCCAGGAAGAGUAUCUGCUGCUGCUAAUGGGGGUCCAUAAAAAAUACAAAUAACCUCUCACAUUGGAACCACACAAGAGGGAAGAUGAUGAUGUGCAGGCUCUCAGAAAAAAACAUGCUGUUUUGGGAUAUUGGUUAGCGAUUGUCAAGGAAGCACAGAAAUUCCAAAAUAUGUGUGGAGAUUUUAGUUCAGAUUAUUUGUUUGCAAUAUGUGAUCUAUAAAGAGAGCUACAUAAGCUGUUUUAUUCACUUGUGGGAUUUGAAUAGUGUGAGAAGACAACAACAUAUUUGGUGAGAAUCACAACAUCAGGUACAAAAUCAAUUCUAGCUCUGAGUGUACAACUUUUUAUUUAAUCUGCAUUUUGCUGUGCAUUCUGUUAACAAUCAUAUUUACAUGUUAAUAGUAUCUUCUGAUUACAAUUAUGUCUAAUCUUUUAACUAAAUGCAAUCUAUUAGCUUCCAAAAUGUUGUUUUUAAGUAAACAACACACUGCCAUCACGCACAGAUGUGCUCAACUCUUGGCGGCAGUAAGAAAGCCAGCGAAGAGCCUGGAUCUCAAUCCCAUUGAGCACGUCUGGGACCUAUUGGAUCGGAGGGUGAGGGCUAGGGCCAUUCCUCCCAGAAAUGUCCGGGAACUUGCAGGUGCCUUGGUGGAAGAGUGGGGUAACAUCUCACAGCAAGAACUGGCACAUCUGGUGCAGUCCAUGAGGAGGAAAUGCAAUGCAGUACUUAAUGCGGCUGGUGGCCACAUCAGAGACUGACUGUUACUUUUGAUUUUGACCCCCCCCCCUUUGUUCAGGGACACAUUAUUCUAUUUCUAUUCAUCACAUGUCUGUGGAACUUGUUCAGUUUAUGUCUCAGAAAAUAAACACAGUUGAUAGUGA